AUAUGGAUGUGGGUUCAAUGCCAAUAUGGAUGUUGGUUCAGCGCUUGUGCCACUUGCUGGUCUAGUUGAUGCAUCACAGAUGGCUGUUAAACUCAUCUGAAUGCAUAAAACUGUUAAACUGCUCAACGUAUGCCUUUCUUUACUUAAACAGACAUAACAGCUCGAGACAAACGGGGUCUUCCCGUUAUCUGCGCGCUUGGGAUAGCUCAGCCCGCUACUGCCCAUCGUGACGUCAGGCUCGCGGAGGGCAAUAAGUACCGCGGUGAUGAUCAAAAAGAGCCACGUUGCGCAGGCGCUCUCAGCGGUCCGGUCCAAAGUGGAGAAACCUCUGGCCAGAUGCAAGCACGCGCUCACACGGAACCAGCACGCGCAGGAUCCGGAUCCCGACCCCUCCGGCGCGCUCGGCGGUGAAGUCCCACAGGUUCCCACUUUUGAGGACAACCUUCAGAGGCGGUGCUUCUCCGAGGCCAGCUUGCAGCUGAUUGGUCGAGAGGAGAGUCUGUUUGGGAGUGGCCAGCAGAAGCAGGAAGAGGAGGCCGAUCUUCAGCAGGAAGAGGAGGCGGGGCUUAAUCAGGGGGAGGAGGCGGGGCUUACGCAGGAAGAGGAGGCGGGGCUUAAGUAUGACUAUGAGAGGCUUUGGGAAGAGGGGAUUAAGCCGACAAUCAGGAAAUCCCUCCAACAUCUCGACCAAUCAGAUCAGGGAGCUCUGAAGGAGGCGGUGCUAGCCAUCCAGCAGGAGGAGGAGCAGGACAGGAGGUGGGAGGGGCCACAAGAUCGGGAGCGUCCUGAUUGGAGGCCAUGGUGCUACAGACACGCCCAUGACGCCCUAUUGGAGGAGAUGGUGAGGGAGCGCAUGCAAGAGGUGGAGCCGUACCCAGGGGGAGGGUCUUCUGUGCAGCGCGAGCUGAUUGGUCUAGGCCAGCGAAUCAGGGAGGACAUGCUGCAGGUGGCGCGGCAGGUCAGGGGCUGUUACCCAGGCAACAGGGACGUGGGCGUGUGCUGUUACCCAGGCAACAUGCACGUGGGCUGUUACCCAGGCAACGUGGGCGUGUGCCAAGCGUACGCCCGCCUCUACCACCAGGCCUUCAGCGCCCGCCUCACGGAACUCAGCGAGUUCGGCCUCGACCUACCGGACUGCACACACCUGCUGAGCUGGACCAAUCAGCAUUACCCGCGUAUGCUGCAGGAGCCAGAGCUGGUGUGUGAGGUGGACAUUAAAGAGCCGCUGCUGCCUGCUGACGUACUGAGACCUCUGGAGGAGCAGUACAUGGAGCACAGAGAGACUGAGCUGAAGAGAUGCGUCGAGACAGUUCUGCAGAUGGCAGAGCAAGCCUGGAGGGGCGGAGCUACACAAAUGAUUGACGGCUGCUACUCUAGUCCUCUGGCCAUUGACACCAUACAGUGUGUGGAUGCAAACCUGAAGUCUUGCCGGGAGAUUCUGGGUGAUGACAGCACACACACACACACACUGCUGGCAACCCUGAUACCCUUCUUCCGCCGCUACAAGCACUUCCUGGAGCGGGUGCUGAGGCAGAGUGGCGCCCACAGCAGGCCCGUUGUCAUGGCGAAUCUCACCUGUCUCCGGCAGUUCAGGGAGUUUGUAACUGGAGAAACUCCUUUCCCCGAUGAUGUCCGUAUUAGCUGCGUUUCCUUGGUAACCAAUAUGAGAGAUGCCUGCCACACCCACUUAACCAGCGUCAUUCAUCAGAACAUUAAGGAGACCUACCGUAAGCUGUGGAGUCAUAACUGGCUCCAGAAGAGUGGGAGAGUGUGUGAGCAGCUCCGAGAUGGACUCAACACACACCUGCAGGACCUCACAGCCCUGGACCACACCAGCAGACAGGAGCUACUGGGCGUGCUCCAUGAGGAGGUGCUGCUGGAGUAUGUGCGGAGGAUGAUGAAGAGGAAGAUCAAACUGAAGGACAAACAGCAGCAGGAGCAGGCGGCCACAGCACUGUGCUCCGACAACCAGGACAUACACACCGUCUUCAUGGAGGCAGGUUCUACAGAAGGCUGGAUUAGCAAGGUCCUGCCUGAACUAGCAAACCUGCUGAAGAUCCAAGAUCCCGACGCCAUCCUCCUGCAGCUCGUCACCCUCACUGCAGAACUACCUGAUAUCAGUGUUGGUCAUGUCUCAGCGCUGCUGCAGCUGCGGGGGGGUCUGUCGGAUCGAGACUGUAAGAAGAUCAAGGAGACCUUCACUGAACUGAGUGGAUCACAGAACACACACACACACACACACACACGCCUGUUCUUCAGCAAAGUCAAACUUACGUAAAUGAGUUCAUACAUACACACAUUAGGGUGACUAGACAAUGCAGUUGUCUGUAUUUCUUUCUGUAACCAGCAGCCUGUAUUUUUUAACCUGCUUUGUAAACCUGAAGUUUGCUUAAUAAAUCCUUUGGCUUUUUUUUG